AUGAGGGAAAUUGUUAUGAUUGCAACUGCUGCUACACUUGGGAAUUUGUUGGUGGGAUGGGAUAGUUCAACCAUUGCAGGUGGCAUGAGAUACAUCAAACAAGAAUUCAACUUAGAAACUGAUCCAACGCUUGAAGGACUAAUUGUGUCCAUGUCAUUUCUCACUGGAACAUUUGUAACAAUAUUCUCCGGCACAGUUUCAGAUAUGUUCGGAAGGCGUCCGAUGUUAAUAACAUCCUCAAUCAUGUUUUUCUUAAGUGGUUUAGUUAUGUUAUGGGCUCCAAAUGUUCCUGUUGUACUGUUUUCAAGGCUAUUGAAUGGAAUUGCAAUUGCAUUAGCCAUCAGUCUAACUCCUCUCUACAUAUCUGAGAUAGCACCACCUGAUAUAAGAGGCUUGCUCAAUACUCUUCCUAUGUUUUCAUCCUCUUUGGGAAUGUUUUUGGCUUACAUCUUGGUUUUCUCUAUAUCCUUGAUGGAUUCACCAAGUUGGAGAGGCAUGCUUGGUAUUGUUUCCAUUCAUUCUGUUGCUUAUUUUUUUCUCGCCGUCUUUUACCUCCCCGAAUCUCCUCCUUGGCUUGUAAGUAAAGGAAGAAUAUCUGAGGCUAAGAGAGUUCUGCGCAGAAUUCGUGGAGUUGAAGAUGUUUCAGGAGAAUUGGCUUUGCUAGCUGAGGGAAUGAAUCCUGGAGGCGAAGCAACCACUAUAGAAGAAUACAUAAUUACCCCAGCAAGUGAGCUCCUUUCAAACAAGGAAGCUGGGAAGGAUUGCAUAAAGCUUUAUGGACCUAAUCAAGGAGAACUUUCAAUGAUUGCACAACAAGUAACCAGACAAAGUAGCACGAUAUCGGGAGGCAUGUUAACAAUUUCGCGCCAAGGAAGCACGACUUCCCAUGUUUCUUAUAGUAUUAAGGACAAUAUUGUCAAUCUCUUUAGUAGCAUGCAUGAAAAUAGUCCUCCUGAAGGUGGAGGUUCAAGAGGAAGUAUGCUAAUUUCUAAAGUGUCGAGUAAUGAUCCGAGUCCCUUUGGUACAAAUGACAACCUGCAUACUCCAUUACUUCUACAUGAAGGUAGUGCAAUGGAGAAGGACAAAGGUUCAGGAUCAAGGGACAAGUUAACCAUGGGGAGCAAUAGCAACCUUAGAAGUAAUACAGAAUUGAUUCAAGGUGCUGGUGGAGAUAUACCAAAGAACACAAACAUUGGUGGAGGUUGGCAGUUGGUUUAUAAGUCAAUCGAAGCAACUGAGGGUGUUAAAAAGGAAGCGGGAUUGCAAAGGGUUUAUCUUCAUGCAGAUUCUAGUGCAGUGUCACGACAAGGUUCAUUUACUUCAAUUUCUGGUUAUGACUUGCAUGCAGAACAUGUUGGUGAAUCUUUUCCGGCAGCUGCUCUUGUUAGUCGUUCAAUUCUUAGUACUAAGAAUAAGAAGAUUAAACCAGAAGUUAUUCCAAAACGUGCAAGUUGGGAAGGUUUGUUAGAUCCUGGUGUAAAGAGAGCAUUAGUUGUUGGAAUAGGACUUCAAGUUCUUCAGCAGGCUUCUGGUAUAAAUGGAUUUAUAUUCUAUGCUCCACAAAUACUUGAUCAAGCAGGAGUUGGAGCACUUUUGUCCAAUCUGGGCAUUAGUUCAGCGUCUUCUUCUUUACUUGUAAAUGUCGUAACAACAUUCUGCAUGCUUCCUUGUAUAGCUAUUUCCAUGAGGUUGAUGGAUAUAUCAGGAAGGAGGUCAAUAAUGCUCUACACAAUUCCAAUUCUGAUACUUUCUCUCAUGAUACUAGUACUCAAAGACUUAUUUCACCUAAGUUCAAUCCUCAAUGCAGCAAUAACAGCAAUAUGUGUUGUAACAUAUGAAAGCAUAUUCUGCAUGGGUUUUGGUGUGAUACCAAACAUCAUAUCUGCUGAAAUAUUUCCAACAAGUGUUCGAGGAAUAUGUAUUUCAAUUUGUUUACUUACAUAUUGGAUAUGUACCUUGAUCAUCACUUCUUUGUUUCCUUUCUUGCUUCAACUCCUUGGUCUUACUGGUGUGUUUGGAUUGUUUGUUGUUGGUUGCAUUGUUUCUUGGAUUUUUGUUUACUUGAAAGUUCCUGAAACUAAAGGUAUGCCUUUAGAAGUUAUCAUUGAGUUCUUUGCUUUUGGUUCAAAACCAGCUGAAACUAUUGACUGA